UAGACUGCGCCCUGCGAAGUGGAAAUUUCGCUUAUGUGCUAGAGGUUUCGAUUUCUUGUAACGAUUGUCUUAAAAAGCAGCUGUUAGGAUUUAUGGUGUUUUUUUAAACACACGUUUUGAAAUAGUCGUCGUGUAUCAGUCAGCUUUUGUGUCUUAAGAUAUCAAAAUAGAUUCAAAAUGUCCCUGUUUGGAUCAUUGAUGGGCGACGUGGAGGAUGAUCCAUUUUUUGGGUCCCACAUGAGACACAUGCGUCAGAUGAACAAUAUGAUGAACUCAUUGUUCGCGGAUCCCUUUGGAAUGUUGGGCGAUGGUCCGCUGUCCAUCACAGGGUCAGGGUCGCGGCAUGGUACUGCUCUAAUGCCAUUCAUGCCCCAGAUGCCUUCUUUGAACAGAUUAUUCUCAGGAGGAGAUCUAACGAACGGGCACAUGAGUGCAGGUAGCUCAUUCUCAAGCAGCACAGUCGUCAUGUCAAGCGGCCCGAGCGGCAGCCCUCAGGUAUUUAGCUCCACAAGCAGCAUGAAAAUCGGUCCAAACGGCGUCAAGGAGACCCGUAAAACUUUACAAGACUCGCGUACCGGCGUGAAGAAAAUGUCCAUAGGUCAUCACAUCGGCGAGCGCGCGCACGUGAUCGAACGUGAACAGAACGUGUACUCGGGUGAUGCGGAGGAGCGCCAGGAGUUCAUCAACCUCGACGAGGACGAGGCAGAGGACUUCGACAGGGAGUUCCACGAGCGCGCCGGAGCGGGCCGCCAGCGCGCGCGCGCCGCGCUGCCCGCCGCGCCCGCGCCGCGCCUCGCGCUGCCGCCCGCGCCCUCCGCGCCCGCCGCCAGUUCUGGUGUUCGCGAGGUGUAUGGCGGUUCUCACCCCCAGAGACACAGACACAAGCACCACAGACACAGGCAUUCGCCAGUAGACAACUAAUUCUAUGACCUAGAGCGGUAGCGAUAUAUGAAAGAAAAAUUAUUCGAAUCAAAUAUUGUCGUAAAUGAAUAAUAUCGUAAAACCAGUAUCGCUGAGAAAUUGUUACUAAAAACAGCGAUUAGCAAGCGAUAAAUUAAUAUCCAAAGUAAUAUAUCAAUUGAUUAUAAAACAAUCGGUUGCGCGAUUGUCGCUAAUUGCUUUUUUCGAAUAGCGAUAUGAGUAUGUUCAGUAAAUAUUUGUAAACUUUUGUUGUUCUAUUUCAUUACACGGUAUUUUGAAUAA